AGGAGGCAAGAAGAGAUUCACAGAAAAUGGCGACUUCUGUCUCUCCCACGGCCACGAGCACACACCACACCAGAGGUUUUCCACACACCCACUCAUACCCUAAUUCAAACCUUCAACCCUUCGUCCUCUCCUUUCCAAUCUCAUGCCAUCGCUCCUCACCUUCUCCAAUCCGUUUCCACCCUCCAUCUUUACCUCCGCGCACCGCUUCUCUCCGCCGACGCGCCUCCACCCCCUCCCCACCCCCUCCGCCGGAAUCCGACCCUCCCCCCCAAAAUGACCCCGUGCCGCUGACAGGUCUCGUGGCAACUUUCUCUAGAUUCCAAGACAGCAUCCAGAUCUUCUUUGCUGUUCUUUUUUGGCUGUCUCUGUUCUUCUGGGCUUCGGCAUGGGAUGGGAGGAACGGUGGUAGACCAAACAAGGGGUCUCGACUUAGAAGAUGAGCAGUGAGCAUUUGCUUUGUAUAUAUGGUAGUAUAUAUUCAGACGGAGGAGUGGUAUUAUCAUAUACACAUGAAGAUAAUAUUACAAUUGUUCUUGUAGCUCAUAAACAACAGACUUGAUUCAUUUUGUGGGAAAACAUUCUGUGUAACAUUUAUGUUAUAGCAGAAAUAAAAUAUGUUGUGACACAGCAA